CGAGUGUACAUCUGGAACUAAUGGCUGCUACAGGAAGUGAACCACGCAAGCGAUGGACGGCAAUCGUCUUGACUUGUCAAAGCAAAAGUGGUGCUCACAUCUACCAGAAAGAACUGGAAAUUCACCAGAAUAAAGGUUUCCUUGAUAAAGAUGUACUGCUUUUAACCUUGGAAGAUCCUAAGGCUCGUAUAGGAAGUGGUGGGGCGACUAUAAAUGCUUUGCUUGUUGUCACUGAACAUCUGAGUGCAAAAGCUGGUCAUGAGACAUUGACGCUAAGUGUCUUGGACAAUGCCAACAUUCUUAUUAUGCACAUGGGUCGAGACUUUCCUUUUAGUUCUUGUGGACGGUUCUUCAAUACUUUACCAGGCAAACACACAGAGGAAUCCAAAGAACAUCUUUGUGACUGCAUUGUCUCAAACUUUGACCUUCUGCUUGAUGUUAUUUCCAACAAGUUGGCUGUGAAUGCUCCUCCCGGGGUGUGGGUUUGCAGCACAGACAUGAUGUUGACUGUCUCACCUGAUACAAGGAUAAACUGGAAGCAGUCUUCAGAUGGUAUUGCGAUGCUGCUGUUUCAUGGAGAUGUUGAAUAUGCAAAAGGCCAUGGUGUUGUGAAGCUUGGAGAUCAGGGCAGAGUCAAAGACAUCAUCUUCAGAGGAACUUCUGACAUAUUAAAAACUUGCACACUUGAAAAUGACAAAGUUCCCUUGGUCAGUGGUGUAGUUUACAUUAACAUCCCAGUAGCUGAGAAAAUACUAAGUUUCCAUGUGUAUGCACCUCUUGAUGCCUGUACUUAUUAUGGACUUGACACUGGAGCAGAACCCAUACAGUUGUCCCUGUUCUUCGACAUACUUCUGAGUUUGGCGGAGGAUAUUACCGAGUCUGACUUCAUUUGUGGCGAGAGAAGUGGAUCAUAUGGUCAUAGUACUCCCAUGGGAAUAGAGUGCAGCUCCAAGGAUGAACUGGCACUAAUGAGAGGUGCAAGAGCUACGCUGUGGAAGAUUCUGAGAGGAGUCUCCUUGAAAGGAGUUGUCAUUGACAAGGGUGAGUUUGACUACAUGCAGCCAUCAGCAGAAUGUUACAGGAGACAGAUGCGAGGAAGUGUAGAGAAUUUUGCACCCGGCCCAUUUGAACUAAGCAUGCACACCCAUGUCUGUUUUCACAAGAACAGCCAAGGAGUAAACCCAAAUGUGGAUCUUUCCUCUGUCGUCGUGAAUUCUAUAAUUGAAGGCGGGGUCAACCUUGGAAAGGAGUCUGUUGUUUCUCACUGCCACUUGCAGGGAAAUUUAAGCUUUGGAUCGGGAUCUGUGUUAGCAGGAAUUGCUGCGUCUGACUUUAAGAGCCUUUAUCCAGGGACUGUUCUCCAUGAUGAUUUGUGUAUUCUGGGUUACAGGGUGUCUCUGCCCGGUUUGAGAGGGGAAUCCCAGAGGGUUCUGGUGGUGUUUGGUAUCCAUGAUGAGCUUCAGAUGCCUGCUUCAUCGCCUAACAGUACAUAUUGCAACAAGCCGUGGAAAGUGUUGUUUGAGAGAACAGGAGUCAACCCUGAGGAAGUUUGGAUCGGUCUGCCAGAAGAGCAGAGAAGUCUGUACAAUGCUAAGCUGUUUCCAGUCGUUCGCCCAUUUGACGUUCUGCUGGAAGAUGCUGGUAAAGAUGACAUGUUAUGGCUGGCAAGUACAGGAGUGUCUGACGUUCCUGAUCGGCAAAUACUCAACAGGUGGCGUUCGUCGUUGAGGUUAUCGUUAAAGGACAUUUUAAAUGCUGUCGAUAUGAGUGCAGAGUUUGCUUGGAGAAAAAAAUUGUGGUUUGAAAUUGGAAAAACUGAGGUGGAGGAAACGUUGAAGAAUUGUGAGAGCAACUGCCUGGUGCCAUUCUUUAAAAGUUGUGGGAAAGAAGGAUUUGCAAUGCAGAUAUUGGAAGUUCUGGAUGAAGUUGCGUCCAGCGCCACCUCCCCAGGCGUGGCUGCACGGACCUUGGCCUGCAUUGCUGACGUGUUAGGUGCGAUGGCAGGAGAGAGGGCUGGGCUGAGGAGUGGACCGGCCCGCAAUGAAUCUUGGAUGCACGCCUUUGAAUUGCUUGAUAAAGGAGAAAUUUCGUCAGGGAUAAAAGCUCUUGCCCGAGAACGAUCAAAAUGGCUUGACAGACCUCAUCUGCUGAUACGAGCGGCGCGACAUUACGAAGGAGCUGAACAAGUGCUGAGAAGAAGAGCAGUUCUCACAGCCAGACAGUUUUUCCAGACGGAACGCUGCGAUUCUGUACCGAAGGGACACUGGGUUAUAGCAGAAGCACCAGCGCGGAUAGACCUCUCUGGAGGAUGGAGCGAUACGCCUCCAAUUACCUACGAACAGGGAGGAGCAGUGCUGAAUGUUGCUGUUAAACUGAAUGGACAGAAAGUCACCAAGGCCCAAGUACGGAAGAUAAGCAAGCUUGAAAUUGUUCUGGUGAUUCAUUCAGGAAAACACAGUGUUCGAGUGAUUUGCAGUGAACUGAUGCAUUUAGAAAAUUACACCCAGCCAAAUGCCCCAGGUGCGCUCUUGAAAGCUUGUUUUUGUUUACUCGAUAUCGUAACUCUUCCCUCGAGCGAAAAAUUAUGCGAACAGUUGAACAGAAAGUAUCAAGCCGGCUUUGAGCUUCACACCUGGUCGACCGCUCCCCAAGGGAGUGGCCUGGGCACAAGUAGUAUUUUGGCGGGAGUUAUACUGGCAGCGCUUUUACGGGUAACCGACCGCACAGCCAGCAUGGAUUCACUGAUUCACACUGUGAUGAUCGUGGAACAGAUGUUAACUACGGGCGGUGGCUGGCAGGAUAACGUGGGAGGGCUGGUGCCUGGUUUCAAAAUCGCUCGGUCUCAGGCUUCUUUGCCUUUGAAGGUAGAAACGGAGAAAGUGGAGCUUAGUGAGAAGACAGUGAAUGAAAUCACGAAAAGAUUGGUGUGUUUUUACUCAGGGAGGACGCGGCUCGCUAAGAACUUGCUACAGAAUGUCGUCAGGAACUGGUACGCAAGGUUUUCACAGAUCACUAACAACGCCAGGAACUUGAUUAACAAAGCGGAGGAGGCUGCAAAAGCGUUGAGGGAAGGGAAUAUCGAGAAGUUUGGCGCUUGUUGGACGUGUUACCGACAUCAAAAAGCUCUUAUGGCACCUGGUUCUGAGCCAAAGGCAAUCAAGGACUUACUAGAAGCUGUUGAACCCUUGAGUUUUGGGCAAGCAAUGUCCGGAGCAGGAGGGGGUGGAUUUAUUUUCGUUCUCACCAAGGAGCCUAACAUGGUGGAUGAAGUCAAAGAUGUCAUAAAAAACAUGAAGGUUGGAACUUUUUUAUCUGCCUCUUUCGCGAAAGUUACAUUUUUUAUUUUCGUUUUCUAAUUUCCGAUUGCACUCAAGAUGGGAAAGGAGGGUUUAUAACAUAACUAAAGCAAAGCGCGCGCUCAGAUUGGUUAAUUCAA